AUGACUCGGGUGGAGACAUGGCUCUUGUCGCCGGUCGGCCCGUCCUUGGCCAGGCCAAAGUCAGAGAGCUUGGCGUUGUAGUUCUUCACGUCGAGAAAAGAGAGGAUGUCAGAGACGAACGCCCCCUUUUUCCCCCAAAAAGAAGAAGAAAACCAGAGCAAAGACAGCCAAUGAUCGCCGCCAAUUUACCGAAUCGAGGAGGACGUUGGAAGCCUUGAAGUCGCGGUAGAUGACCUUCGUCUCGGCGCUGUGGAGGAAUGCCAACCCCCUCGCCGCUCCCAGCGCGACUUUCACCCUGAUGCUCCAAGACAGCGGCUGGAAGUACACUCCUCCUGCAAAAUCGAAAACUUUGGAGCUCAGAGCCGCGCCCAGAAUCAAGAAUCUGAAAUCCUCCAUCUCUAUGUUUGUGAUCCACAAGGGGUCGUUGAAUUGGGAUCCAUCGCAACAGGGAGGGAGAGGAGGAAGGGCCGUACUUCUGAAGAGGUGGUUCUCCAGGCUCCCACGGGACAUGAACUCGUAGACGAGAAGCCGAUGCUCGUCCUCCAGGCAGUACCCGAGCAGCUUGACGAGGUUGGGGUGGUACAGCUGACCCAGGUAGUUGACUUCAGCCUGCAGUUUUCGAGAGGUUUACCAUUCCAGAAACCAGACAGGUUGGACUCUGAAUAGCGCAGAGGACGGAGGAUGCCAAUGCCCAAGUUAUUCAAACGAGAGCAAAGGUAAUCCAACCAUAACGAGAGAGAGAGAGAGAGAGAGAGAGAGAGAGAGAGAGAGAUGGGGAGACUCACCAGCCAUUCUUUAUGACCUUGGAGGCCGUCAUGAUUGAGCCUCUUGACGGCAAUGACUAUUCCUGUUCCUGGCUUGACGGCGGCGAAGGUGUGCUCGUCGAUCCAUCCCUUGAAGACAGAGCCGAACCCGCCUUCUCCCAGGACGCUAUCGGGGCGGAAGUUCCUCGUCGCACUUCUGAGCUCGUUGAAGGUGAAGCUCUUUACAUUGGUCGACUGGAGGAUCUCGCCCUCGCUUCUGGGUGUUGGGGGAACUGACGCCGCAGAGACCCGGCUGCUGGAGCCGCUGUACCCGUUUCUAUCUCUGCUGACGUUCUUGGAAUUCCCGCCUGCGCAAUCCGAGCAAGAGGACGCCCCAUCCUCAGAUCGAGAGGUCGAAGCCAAAAAGGUAAAGCGAUGAAGAGGGCUCGAUAUCCCCAGCAAUGGAGAAUCUGGAGGCCAAGCAGAGAACUUCGAGAGGGGAAAAACAAGAUGGGAUCACGGAAAGGCCGCGACGAUCGAUUGAAGGGCGUCUCCUGAGAUCUAUCCGCAAAACCAGCGAGUUCGAAUCACGCGAAGACCAGCUAGUCAUUCAGAAAAGAGGAGAGACCAGAGCUCCCGAACACAAACAGGGCGGGCGAGGAUGCACGGAGAGAGAGAGAGAGAGAGCACAGGGAAAACACAGGAAAAUCUCAUGGCAUCAGACGUCACGGUGUUCCGUGGAUCUCCAAAACAGUAGACGCGAGAAAGAACAUAAAAGGAACAGGCGGCACCGAAACUCGAGUUACGAAGGGGGAAGGCAGCUUUUAGAACGUCUCCUCUGGUUCUCUGGCCUCACCUGAAGGAGUACUGUGGAAGGGGCUCUCUGCCUUGAUCCUCACACCGAAGCAGUUCCCCAUGGAACCGAUCCAAAGCAGAGCUCACGGCUCUCUAUCUCUCUCUCUCUCUCUCUCUUUCUCCCUCGACGUGAACCUGCCACCUCGUGCAGCGAACGGGAGCGAGGAACACGCACAGGGAGGAUAUUUGAUCCGCCGGGAAAACCAGAGAACCCGGCGGCGCGGCAAGGCGUCGCUCUCUACCGGAAGGGGAUGGUGAUAGUCGUCGUCGCCGCGAGGAAACCACCUUCCAUCCACACUCAGCGGAUCAUUUAAUGGAAGAGCCCCGACACGACACCGAUCGGCCCCCGAAUUCUCCUGGACCUCGCGGCAGUGCGGAUUCGGAGCCGCAGCAGAACUAUACAAGGGGAGAGAAGCAGCCGAGCUGGGAACCAACCGAGCCGCGGAGAGACCCAGUCUCGCCUAUUAUUCUCCCCUUCUGUGCCGGCCCCUCUUUUGGACCUUCGCGAAGGUCUCCCCUCUGCUCCUUCCUUCUCCUUGCUCGUCUGGGAAAUAACCUAUGCAGAGAUUCUGUUAGAGAGAGAGAGAGAGAGAGAGAGAGAGAGAGAGAGACGAAGUUGGAAAGGACAUUAA